AUGCUCGGCGAGGUGAUCAGCCAGGCUGUCAAAAGGCUACUUAUGGUGGAUCCACGUCCGAAACAUGCAGCUCUCCUGGUCGGGGCUCAAUUUGUUUGGGCCCUGCCGAAAAACACUUUACCGAUCGCGCUGACGCCUGGAUCAUGGGCAGUAGAUGCUCAACCCUGGCCAGCCCUCAGUGAAUCCUCCAGCGCCAUGUUCGAGAUAAUCAACAAUUCUCACCGAUGGAUUCUACCAGUUCUGCAAUGGGUAAUCCCGGGAUGUUUCUCGGUUCCCCUUGUGGCUGUUACCCAUGCCGUUUUUCUUUCACCAGAAAAUCUCGAAGUGAUGGCAGAUCAGGCUAAUAUAACGCUUGCCACCUCGAUGGCUGUGGUUUUUGUGUCGGUCACAUUCAUUGAAUGUGCUCUAUGCUACGGUGCUAUAUUGAGAUUUUUGAUGAGAAAUCGACUUGACAACAGCACGGCAAUAAAACGAGAACGUCGUCUUUACCUUCAAAUGCUAGGAUUGUUCGUAGCUUUUGUGCUUGUUUUCGUCUACAAUAUUAUGGGAUUCUUGUUUUCGUUGUAUACAAAUGAAGGACCAAUAUUGACAUUGAGGGCUGUAUUCCCGGUGCUCACCUGUUUCUUCUCCUAUGUGAACGUAUGGAUGACUCUGAUUUUGAACGAUGAUAUUCGAAGAAAAAUUUGGGCUCUGCUAGGAUACCAUGGAGAAAAAAAUCAGAGUGCUGUAAAAGCGUCGUCGUCCCAUAAGGUGUUUCGACUAACUGAUCCAACACCUUCCAAAUGA